UCGCAAAAUGUAAACAAGUGUGCUCGUCGAUACGCAACCAACCCAGAAUAUAUCAAUUUUAACGCGUUAUUUCUUUGUUAUAUGCUUAAUAUUACUACGAAAGUGUGCAUAAACGAUUCAACAACGAAAGAAACAUCGAAAUCACUUACUACAUACCGUCCAAUUCGAGAAUUUCACUAGAAAAGAGGAUGCAAAUAAACAAUGGCCAAUCACAUGUUUGCUGUCAACUCGUGACAAACGCACAGAAUUAAUGUUUGGUGCUUUUCGGGAACACGCAGAACUUACGCUUAUCGCAGUUUUAACAAGUGUGUAGCAUUGAAUGUUUACCAGCGGGUUGUGAUUGUGGUGCGCUUGAAAAGCGCUUAUGCUGCCCGGCGAUUACAUGGGCCACAUGGUGUAGCAGUAGGAAAGAGUCUGUAGAGCCAACCUGCCGCAGUCCCAAAAUCAGUCCAUCGCUUAUCAAAAAUCUCUUUCUUUUCCGUGGUAGUGCAAUGUGUGUGUUAAGAACGUACCAGCAUCAGUGAAGUUGAGGCGUCGUGGUUCUCCACACGGUUCAAACGAUUGUUUAAGUGUUUGACUGUCGCUUCCCGAAUUGUGAUAUGGUUCGUGGCCGUAACCACGGACUCGAUACGAAAGAAAAUGAUGCAAAAACUGUUCAAACUGGUUACGCACCAGAAAACCUUUAGCCCGGAAGAUCUGGUGCUAAACCCGAAGGAACAUCCGGAUCUAAAGCUAAACGAUAUCGUCGAAAUAUACCUCCCGGAGGACGAUGGGUGUCGGCUCCUGCUGCAGGUCACCUGCCUGAACAAAGACUUUAACUCGCGCGAAACUAUCAGCGUAGAGGUGAAUGUGGCUACCACGUUCAAUCUGAAAGCGUACAACGAUGUGUACAUGCGUGUGGUCGAUCCGGCUGAUGUGGCACUCGAUUCGGUCGAGAUUACGUUCAAGGACCAGUACAUCGGUCGGUCCGAGAUGUGGCGGCUAAAGACGCGCCUGACCAACACUUGCGUGUAUCUGAACAAAAAGAUCGAAUCGUGCGAGGGCUGUAUCCGGUGCCAGGUGUACGAAAUGUGGUCCCAGGGCGAGCGGGUUGCUUGCGGUGUUAUCAACGAGGACACUAAGGUGGUGUUCCGUAGCAACACCUCCAUGGUGUACCUGUUUCUGCAGAUGUCAUCGGAAAUGUGGGACUUUGACAUAUACGGCGAUCUUUACUUCGAGAAGGCAGUGAACGGCUUUCUGGCCGAUCUGUACAAAAAGUGGCAGAAGCUUGGCAGCAACCAUGAGGUCACGAUUGUGCUGUUUUCACGCACUUUCUACACGGCGAAAAGUUUGGACGAGUUUCCGCCCUAUAUGCGCGAUUGCCUGCAGAUCGAUUAUAGGGGACGCUUCUACGAGGAUUUCUACCGGGUGGCCAUUCAGAAUGAACGUUGUGAUGAUUGGAGUACGACGCUGGUACAGCUGCGAAGGCUUUUCACCGGCUAUCGGGACGUGGUGUUGAAGUAUCACCAUCGAGGAGAUCUUCCACCCGGGACACAAAUCCCGCCGGCUACUAAUUCUACCGCCGCCCAGGGGAACUUCUUGGAGGUGCUGAACAUCUCGCUGAACGUGUUCGAAAAGCACUAUCUUGACCGUAGCUUCGAUCGUACCGGGCAGCUCUCGGUCGUGAUUACACCGGGCGUUGGAGUGUUCGAGGUGGACCGGGAGCUAACCAACAUCACGAAACAACGCAUCAUCGACAACGGUGUCGGUAGCGAUCUGGUGUGCGUCGGCGAGCAACCCUUGCAUGCGGUGCCUCUCCUUAAGUUCCACAACAAAGACACACUUACCUCGAUCGACGACUAUUCGAUGCCCCACUGGAUCAAUCUUAGCUUCUACUCGACGAAUAAGAAACUUCCCUACUCCACGUUUAUUCCACGCAUCAAACCACCACCAGCGAUCGGUGGCAGUACGGAACCGCAGCAACCCCGUCCCGCCGGAACAGGGCGGUUACGGUUAACGAAGCACUCGACCGACAAAAAGAACGAGUACAUCCACAACUGUCUGUUCGAUUACGAUGCGUACGAUGAUCAGAUAUUUCAGCUACCGGCCGUCCACGGGACGAGCUCGCUGCAGCGGAUGGCCCGCACAAAGAAAACGUCCGUGCCCAGUCUGGAUGGGUUCGGUACGUACGCCCGGGCCUGUGAGUGGGAACAGGAUACGCUGAGUCCGUCCCGGUUGCGUCGUAAAAUGUCCGAUCCGGAUAUACACCAUGCGUCCAACAGUCUGCUGAAUGUGAGCAUUGCGUCGCGUAGCAGCUCACCCAACACGAGCGAUAUACUGGGCAUGCCAAAGCCGACCGCAAUCACAUCACCGAUUAUCGAGGGUCGUACCGGUGCGUUCGGGUCGUCCAGUGGACCCGUCGUGCGCACCGGAAGGGCUUUGAUAAAUCCGUUUGAUCCUUCGCAUGUCACCAUCAAGCUAACUUCGAACCGACGGCGAUGGACACACAUCUUCCCGAAGGGACCACAAGGUGUGUUGAUUCAGCAGCAUCACUACCAGGCCGUUCCGGCCACCACCCAAACGCCUAGCUAUUUUGUGGAUCUCGACUCAAGCAGCGAGUAUGCGCACACAUCCACCUGCACCUGGGGACGGGCACGGCAGGGUAGCACCGCUUCGUUCGAUAGCCGUCUCAAUGAGGACGAUUUGAAGUGGAUCGCCGAAAAUGGAUGCAAUCGGAAAAAGUCCGUACUACACUCACCGGCCGGUCCACACGUACCGGUAACGCCAUCGAAAAGCCUUACCCUGCUGUGGGGUGCCACCGGCGAACAGGAAUGGACACCGGCCCUUACUACAGUUGGCAGAGUGAUUAUAGGUGUGGACUGGAAAUCGCUAACGAUUCCCGCCUGUCUACCAAUCACCACCGAUUACUUCCCGGACAAGCGUUCGCUGCAUAACGAUUACGUCGUGUCGGACUAUACGCUGCUGCCGGAAGACUUCAAUGCGGAUUACGCGCAGAACCGGGCAGUGUACAAGAAACCACUGUCGACGGAUGAGGUGUUUAAGGAGCUGGUGUCGCAACGAUUGGCGCAGGGCUUUCAACUCAUCGUGCUUCCCGACAAAAGUGCCACCAAUCCACCGCACGCACCGUGCUGCGGUGGCCAUCUACAACCGGUAUCGUACUUCGCAACCGCAAGCAGCGUACUACGCCGUCAACCUCCGCAAGAACCGACCAAAGAGUAUCUGCUAUCGAUCGGACGCAUCUUCCAUCGGAUAUCCCUCAGCGGUUCGGCCAUCACCGUCACACGCUACAGGCCUCGCCAUCCAUACCCACCAAUCAACGUUGACUAUCGGUACCGGUUCCACGCACCCCAGCACGACACGUACGAAGUGAGCGGCGUACACUUCACCACGGAAAAGCUGGAAAACUUUAACUGGAACUACAUGGACCAGUACAUCUGUACGCGGGGCGACACGGACUAUCCACUGCAUGAGAACAUGAAAUACUGGCGCUAUCGGAUGUAUCUCCUGCCGAAGGAUGAUCCUGCGAUGAAGAAAAUUCUCGACGGCACCGUACGCCGCUGUGACAUCUACCAGGAGGACACACCCUUCCCGCCGGACCGACAGAUCUGCAACGAUUUCGUACGCUUCGUCGAGGCGCAUCUGAACAAAAUCAAAAAAUUGCAACCGGCCAAAAAGACGCGGGGUUACCCGCAUCAAACGCACCUUACCAGACGACGCCACAGUACCAGCAUCCUGUCGAGGCCACCACCGAAUCAGCAGCAUGGUGGAUGGGUAAAACUGUAUUAUAACAGCACAAGUAAUGGUCAUGCUCAUCAUCUUCAUCAUCACCACCAUCACCACCACACUCCCGAUCGCUUUUCUUUCCCUAGCACUCUUGCCGGUAACAGUAUCCUUACGCGUACCGGCUCGAAGGUGCUGGACAAAAGUGGAAGUGCGAUGCAGUCGCCCACACCGAUCGGUACCGGUCCGAUCGGUUCUGCGGGCAAUCCCACCAACAGUAGCAACGGCGGCCCGUCGGUAACACCGGCGACGCCCGGGAUCGGUUCGCCCAUGAUGAUGGUGAGCUCGGUCGGCGGUCGAACGACGGUCGACGGGAUACCACUGUCGACGCUGAAUACGGCCACCGAGCAGGGCCUGCUGGAGGAUGGUGAUGAUUUCGGGGGUGAAGGGGGCAAGCUGAAACCGACCGCAACGCUGCAGGAAAUCUUCGACGCGAUGCGCCAUCCGGUGCAUGGCGUUGGAUUUCUGGCCCCGGCGCAAAGUAUGCCUUCGUGCACGUUCGUGUCGUACGAUGCGAUUAACUGGCUGCAGAACCGUAUCGAGGGACCCUGCAAACCGGUCGAUAUACUGGAAGAGAUGAGACGAAAUCGCCUCAUCUGUCACGCUUCCGGCGACUUCAACAAGCUGGUCGUGCCCGGCUUCUGUCUGUACUACAUCGUCCGGCAGGAGAAGGAAUCGCCCGAGUACGUACCGCCGCUCGGCGAUUUGGCCGCGUUCGAGAACGAAUGGAUGGAGGUGGGCAUACGGCAUCCGGAUCUUACCCGGCCGGUCGAACCGCACGAUCGCGGUGUGCCGACGUUUUUGCGCGAAUCGCUCGACGGGCUGGAGGAGGAGGACGACGAUGGAUCGCUGUACAAGCAGACCCACCUGGAGAUUGACGUUGGCUCGAAAUCGGACCGUACCGAGUGGGGUCACGCCCGGUACCAUCAGCGCAUGAUACCGGGCCAGGCGUACGAGAUCGUAGUGCAGUGGAUCACGGCAUCCGGGCCGAUUGUGUACGAUCUUAUUUAUGGUUGGUGCCGUAAGGCACAGCCGUGUGGCUUCCAGCUCGUCACCAUCCCGGCGGAUCCGCUGGCGGAACCGUUUACCGAGAAAUCGGAUCCACUGCGCGGCCCAAUCUUCAUUCCGCUCGACAUCGAAUGCUUGAAGCAGCAUCGUAGCUUCCUGUUCCAAGAGUUCCCCAAAGAAACGUGGCCAACGAGGCUGCUCCUCUUUCAGGAAGCGAUCGUACGCCGGUUCGGAUUUAUGCGCUGUACGGUGGAAACGAAAACGGGCUCCAAUCAGGUGUCGCUCGAUCAUCAGUACGUGCACUGUAGCGGUAAUAUGUUUCUGCUCGUGCCGAACCCCAACAUGGGACUGCGGUCCCGCCAGCGGCUCGCAUCCGGUGGCAGCAACUUCAAGAAACCGAUCGCCUUCAUCAACCGCUACUCGGCAUCGUACGAAUCGCAGAUGGUCGCACCGAGCAGCCACGAACCGUCGUACAUUACGCGCCACGUAACGGGCGCGAAAGGCAUCACGAAGGACGACACGGAGGUGAUCCGCCGGACCGGGUUCCUGUGGUCGUGGAACCACAUGAUACCGAACAAGAAGUGGAAAUCGCUCGUCAUCGCCCAAACGGACGAUCUGUUUCAGCUGAAGAUGUUGCGCGACUUUAAGGAGUUUUGUGCCAACGCCGACCAGCGGUUGGUCACCUUCUGGGAAUCGUGCUGGGAGCUGAAGGAAAAGGCGUCACUCGAACGUACCUGAGAGAGAGAGAGCGAGAGCAGAAGGACACCGACGCUCGCCGUUUCGUUUGUUUUCCGUUGUUACUAUUGCUUCUUGAAGCGCUCUUUUAUUGACACAAAAAUCGAAAAUAAAAUAAAAAAUCACUCAAAACCG